AAAAGUUUCACGAGAACGUCAAGCAACGCCUCGACUCUCGUGUAGCAAACCUAACAACUCGAGAUCAGCACACGCAUGAGCUGAGUCGAGCAUGGCGCCUUCGACUCUAUCACCGGACACAUCUAUCUCAUCGCGCACACUUUCCGUCGGCUCUGCGCAACCCACCCCAAUGGAGCUGUCUUCGAAUCCCUCCUCGAGCCUGCUCGCAAGCCCUCUCACAUUCCUCCAACCUACCAUACAGCUCAAUGCUGCUUUCCUCGCCGCUGCGAAACGGUACCUUGAUCCUGUCGCCGCCGGUAUCAGCGAGUCGCAGACACAGCGCCAACAAGAUGCGCGUAAGAAGAGGAAGCGCGGGGGGGACUUUGAUGGGGAUAUGCGCGUGUUGCACUUGAAGAAGGUGCAUCUGGACGGCUUUGGCGUGAACCAGGUCUUCGAACAGACCCGCAAAAUUGUCGAGGCUGCGACCGAAGAGAUUGAGCUGUCUCUACCAGAGUCGGAUGAUGACGUCGUGGCGGUAGAUGGCGAAGAUUCCGAGGAGGGCCUAUCAGAUCCCGAGGAGCAGUACCACACCGACUCGGACAUGGGCGAGGAGGGUGUCGAUUAUGAGGUGGACGGCAUCGACGACGAUGAGGACGCUGUACCCUCUGAGGAAGAGCCGUCUGAUGCAGAGGAUGUCGAGAUGGAAGAUGGAGAGGAGGGGUUGUUUUCCAACGAAGAAGAGUCUGACGACGAGCCUGCCGCGGAGUACGUACCGGAUCCCAAUGGCCUCAACGACGGUUUCUUCUCGAUCGACGACUUCAACAAGCAGUCAGAGUUUUUGGAGCAGCAAGAUGCUCGCGGUGAAGCAGCCGAUAGCGAUGACGAUGAGGUUGAUUGGACAGCAGAUCCUAUGACAGGAGGUGCUGACAAGGGGGAAGUUGGCGGUGAUGAAUCAGGAGAUGAGUCGGACGAGGGAGGGCCGACGUUCGGCAACGUAGAUCUCAACGCACCCGACGGUGAUAGCGAUGAUGAUGCAGAGUUCGAAGAGGGCGAUCUUGACGGAAUGGACGACAGCAUGAACGCCAACAACGUCAUGUAUGCUGACUUCUUCGCACCCCCAGCGCAGAAAGCUGGCAAGAACAAGAAGAAGCGCGGGCGACCGAAUCCACACAACUUUCCUGCCAAGACAGCGGCCGAUGAAAAAGCGGAAGAGAACGCAGAUAUGGAGAACGCCAUGGCAAGAGUACACAGAGAUCUUUUCGAAGAUGAUGACGACGCUGAAAGCGAAGCCGCGCUCUCCGACCUCGACCCUUCAGAUCCCAAGUCACGGAAAUCGACCCACGAGCGCCGUCAAGCGAAACUGCAAGAAGAGAUCCGAAAACUCGAAGCCGCCAACGUCGCCAAACGCCAGUGGCAGUUGUCAGGAGAAGCACGCGCCGCCGACCGCCCUGUCAACUCGCUGUUGGAAGAGAACCUUGAAUUCGAACGCGCCGGCAAGCCCGUGCACGUUGUGACAGCCGAGUUGUCUGAAGACAUCGAAGCCUUGAUCAAACGUCGCAUUCUUGCAGGCGAGUUCGACGAAGUGCACCGCCGACGUCCAGAUGACUUGGCCACAGGCCCUGUACGCCGCGGCAAGUUCGAGCUCGACGAUACAAAAGCGCAGAAGAGCUUAGCCGAGAUGUACGAGGAAGAGCACCUCCGCCUCAACGACCCGAACUUUGUGGAUGCACGAGACGAGAAGCUGCAGAAGGAACACAACGAGAUCACCGCGCUCUGGAAGAGCCUAAGCGCCAAGCUCGACAGCCUGAGCUCAAGCCACUUCAAGCCCAAGCCCGCAGCCCCGAACCUCGAGAUCCGCGUCGACGCGCCCGCAAUCGAGAUGGAAGACGCAAGACCCACAGCAGGCGGCGACGUCGCCAGCGCAUCCAUGCUCGCGCCACAAGAAGUCUACAAGCCCGGCGACGAGGAGAACAAGGCCGAGAUCGUCACCAAAUCUGGCAUGCCGCUGUCCCGCGAAGAGCUCUCGAGAGAAGAGAAAGCGAGCCGCAGGAGGAGAGAUAAGGAGAGGAGCAAGAAGGCCGGGCUCAACAAGCCCAAGGCAACGAAGGAAGAAAAGAAGGGCAAGAAGGGCAAGGAACUGCGAGGCGAUAAGAAGCAGCUUGUCAAUGAUCUCAAGAAAGGCGGCGUCCAGGUCAUCGGGCGGAAGGGUGUUAUUACCGAUGUCGAAGGCAAGGAUGUCAAGGAGGCUGCUAAGAGAGGCGCCGGAAGCUUUAAGCUAUAGGCUUGCGUGGGGGGUUGGUGAUUUACAGCUAUGUGGACGUUUGAAGAUGAAGCAAUUUAUCAGUUUGGUCAAGCCGGGUUCGUGUCUGCCUCAGUAGGCGCGUGACGCCCGGUAUCUGAGGCUGCAAGGUGGACGCUGCAUAUCGCAAGUCAAAGAGACUAAUUUCAUGUUAAGCUUUGCAUUUUUAUCUGCAAUCCGGGCGUGCCGCUGCAAUAUCGUACCCAGGCACAUUCGAGUCACCCUUCGACAGUUUCGAA